AUGUCGGGCCACUUAUAUCAUUUUGAUGUUGCAAUGUCAUGCUCAGGAUGCUCCGGUGCUGUUGAACGUGUAUUGAAUAGACUUGAUGGUGUUUCCAAGAUUGAUAUUUCAUUAGACAAGCAAACUGUCGAUGUGGCAACCGUUGAUUCAGUCAACUAUGAUACCGUUUAUAAUACCAUUGCCAAGACAGGAAAGAAAAUUAACAACGGUAAUGUUGUUUAUUAA